CUUAUUUACUUAAACUUGAGCUGCCCCCAUCUCUGAUCGUCGAUCGACGGAGAUCCCCCUUUUCCCUGCCGUCGAUUCACCAAAAUCGGACCCGAACUUCGAGCCACUCAGAAUCUCAUGUCCCUGUUAGCUGACUCUUGAUGGCAAAAACCCUGAUCUAGCAAACCAUUCUGUCCUCUCCACUAUCUGUUAUAAAAAAGGGUUUUAUCUUUGUGCUUCGUGUGGGUUGACAGUACACUGAGAUUCGUAAAUUAGUUCGCCAAUCUUGAUCUGUCCGAGCUCCCGAAGACACGUGGCGAUCUGGGUCCUGUUUCACUUCCAUUCCAGCUUAAAUCUCAGUGAGAUAAGAAAAUGCUGAUAUAUGCGAAAUUUAAGCUGCUUACACUGAGAAGCAUUCUGGGCUGGUUGUAGUUUUUCUUUCAAGAGCUUGGCUUCUUGCAUUACAAGUGGAUUUAAUUUCUACAUGGAAGCGAACAUAGAGGAGGCUCUUAGGGCAAAAGAAAUUGCUGAGAAGCGAUUUGCUGAGAAAGACUUUGCAGGGGCACAAAAUUAUGCGUUGAAGGCUAAAAAUUUAUAUCCUAGUCUGGAAGGGAUAGCUCAAAUGGUGGCCACAUUUGACGUUUAUAUUGCUUCUGAGGGUAAAGGCAAUGGCGGAGUUGACUAUUAUUCUGUUCUUGGUUUGAAGCCUUCCGCGGAUAAAGAUGCUGUCAAGAAGCAGUAUAGGAAAAUGGCUGUGUUAUUGCACCCUGAUAAAAAUAAAACAGUUGGAGCAGAUGGGGCCUUCAAACUCGUAUCUGAAGCUUGGACACUGUUAUCUGAUAGUUUUAAUAGAACUUCCUAUAACUUCAAGAGAAACAAGCCGAUGGGAUCUGUGGCGCAGAACAAUCCAUCUUAUGUUCAAAAUGCUGGGGUUGCAGGAUAUAAUAAAUGUUCUAAUUCAUCGGCCUCUCAUGGGCUUGAUACUUUCUGGACUGUUUGCACCUCUUGCAAAGUCCAGUAUGAGUAUCUCCGGAAGUACGUUAAUAAAAGACUUUCGUGUAAGAAUUGCCGUGGUACUUUCAUUGCUGUGGAGACUGGGACUGCCCCAGUUAAUGGUUCUUUUCCUUACUCUCCUUGGUCAUAUGUGCCAAGUAAUGGACAUAGCGGUCACGGAUAUGAUGGGGUUACAUAUGUCCCAACCAAUGGCAACUAUUUUGCAGGAAAUGGAGUCUCUGGAUACCAUUCUGGACACGGAUAUGAGUAUGUCUCUAAUAUGUCAUUUCAUUUGACAUCAUACUCUGGAAGUUCUACUGGAAUCAUCAGUCCUAAUGGAUCAUGUGCUUUCCCCAGUGAUGCCGUUUAUCAGGCUAAUGGAAAUGCUCAUGUAGCUGGAGCAAAGGCUAAAGCAAGGGCCAAUGGGAAACGAAUGAUGAGAGAUGCUAUUGCUAACGUAAAUUCAAAUGUAUCUGCUGGACGUAAUGAAGCUUCAGGAUCUAAGGGCAGUAGCCCCGAUAAAAGAAGGAAGAUUAUCGUGGGUACCAGCUUCAGAAAUGGAUGUGAAGAAAAGGGGUCACAGAAUGCUUCUGAAGGAAGGUUAGCUAAUGAAAAUGCAAAAUUUGGGUUUGACUCGAAGCUUCCCAGUCCAAAUGAGAUUUCCGCCAGACCUUCCCCCAUUGCACCUGCAUUUGAUGCUCGAAAGAUGUUAAUGGACAAGGCAAGGACAGAAAUUCAGAAGAAAUUGGAAGAAAUUAGGUUAGCUUCUGCUGAAGUCAUUCAAUCUGGAGUGGUUUCAAAAAGAGCAAAUGCAGAUCUUUCUCGUCGUCUUUCAAAGCCACUUAAAAGUAAGCCGGUCUCAAUAACCGUCCCUGACCCUGACUUUCAUGAUUUUGACAAAGAUAGAUCAGAAGAAUGCUUCAAGCCAAAGCAAAUAUGGGCUCUAUAUGAUGAGGAUGAUGGUAUGCCUCGUUUGUAUUGUCUGAUCCGUGAGGUUGUCUCAGUUUCACCAUUUAAGAUUCACAUCACUUACUUGAAUUCUAAAACUGAUAGUGAAUUUGGCUUAGUCAAUUGGGUCGGUUCUGGGUUUACCAAGUCUUGUGGAAACUUCAGAACACGGAAUUCUGACGUCGUUGAUCAAGUCAAUGUUUUUUCCCACAUCUUGAGAGGGAGGAAAGCCGGCAGGGGAGGUUGUAUUCGUAUAUACCCUAAAAGUGGGGACAUUUGGGCUGUUUACAGAAAUUGGUCACCAGAUUGGAACAUAUCGACCCCAGAUGACGUGAGGCACCAGUAUGAUAUGGUAGAGGUGCUUGAUGAUUAUUCUGAAGAAUUUGGGGUUUGUGUUAUCCCUCUUGUUAAAUUGGCAGGGUACAAGACAGUAUACCAAAGCAACACUAACAAGGACGCUAUAAGAUGGAUUGCAAGGCAAGAAAUGUUACGAUUUUCGCACCAGGUGCCGUCCUGCUUGCUAGAUGGGGAAACAAAUGAUUUGCCAGACAAGUGUUGGGAUCUUGAUCCAGCUGCAACUCCAGAUGAACUGCUCCACGCAAUAACAACAGAAGUGAAGACUUGAAAGAAACCUGGUCAAUCAAAGAAUGCAAGAUUUGUCUUUGAGCCCUUUCUUCAUUCUUAUAGAGAAAUUUAGGUUGACUGUACAAUACUUCACACAUGGCUAAUAGCCAAUUCAUCUUUAACCUGUCAAUUGACUCUUGACAGUAGUCACAUUACCAUGUUUAUUGAGGAAUACUAUUUUGGAAUCCCAAAGUGUACCGACUACUUGUUGACAGAAUACCCACUUCUUGUAGCAUUGGAACUGUAACCAUUCUUCUGUGUCCCUGAUACAUAUUGAACUCAACAGAAUGCAAUUUGUAUGUGCUGGAUCAUGUUAUUAUUAAUAUUUUAGAUUAACUAC